AUGCAGCUCAGCCCUGCUAAACCCUCGGAAGACCCUGCGCCUCACCCCCACAGUCUGUCCCCUACAGCCAUGUCUCCUUCCUCUACCCUGCCCAGUGGCUUCAAGCCGUCCAGCUUUGGCUCAGUGGACUGGCUUUCCCGGAGCAGCCACGUGGGGCCGGCACACACCUUCAGGCCCGCUGAACUCUCCUGGGGGAGCCUGUCUGCUCCAGCCAGGGUGUCCAGCAGCGGGGAGCUCCCCCAGACCGUGGGCGUGGAGGAGGUGAAGCCCUCGGAAGUGUCUGCGCCAGGGACACCUGCAGCUGGGGUGAGGAAGGAGGCCGACAGCGGGCGGGCGCCCCGGGUCCGCACGGCCUUCACGGCGGAGCAGGUCAGCACCCUGGAGAGCGCCUUCCAGCACCAACGCUACCUGGGCCCCCUGGAGCGCCGGAAGCUGGCCCGGGAGAUGCGGCUCUCUGAAGUGCAGAUAAAAACCUGGUUUCAGAACCGCCGCAUGAAGCACAAGCAUCAGCUCCAGGACUCUCAGCUGAGCUGCCCUUUCUCCAGAACGCUCUAUACGCCAGUGGCUUUCUGCCCACCACUCUCUGCCCUGGCCAGUAGCUUACCGCCACUGAACCCUUGGGCUUCCCCGCUUGGGCCUCCGGCUCUGGGACGGCCCCCUGGCUCCUUCUGGGACCUCUGCCAAGUGGAACAAGCCUCCCUGGCCUUGACGUGGGCCUCGUGCAGCAGACAGCCUCCAGUGUGCUGCCUCCCAGACCCUGGGGGCCUGGUGCACACACUGGGCCCAGCUUUGUCCAGGGGUCCGUGGGGCCUGUGUGCCUUGCCCCAGACCAAGGAUGCCUUCUGA